CGAGUUGAUAACAGAACCGUCGAAGCGAGGAUAUCAUAGGUGCGUAUCGCGUCGAUCUCCGCGCCGUGGACCUUCGUAAUUCGGUCGAUCUUCAGGGCCCUAAAGAAUUAACGAAGGUGGGGAUCCUUUAUGAGAUCCCGGAUUCUUUCGUUGUCACGGUUCACCGACGUCGUCGUCAGUUUAUAAAGAAUAAUCGUUGCGAGCAUUAUUUCGUGUAACGGUGUGCGCUUGCUUGGACGAAUUUCCUCGGAAGACUUUCUUUAUCUGGGAACUUUAAAGAAAUCUUACUCGUAUUAUUAACUUAUAGAACAAGGGAGGUUGCAGUGACGUUAUCGAUAGAUUACAGUGUCAAGAAAGAUGGAAAAUCGUGAGAUCUCACGAGAGGAGUGAGUUUCAAUUGAUCGAAAAGGAGAACAUUAGAGGGAGGAAGACACGGAGACACAAGGAGAGAUAGAGAGGGAAAUAAAAAGAGGGAGAAUAAGAUUAAGUUCCAUCGCGAGUUGUUGCUACGGUGUCGCGACGGUAUUCGCAUAAUUUGUAAAAGGAAAAGCGAUGCCAAGGACCGGAGAUCGGAAACGGAACGCGACACGGAAUUGAGGUCACUCGAAGAGAAAAAGAUCUGAGGGUGACACUGUCGUAGAACUAAGCUCUAGGAAGAACGCUAAUCGAAGAUAAUGAAGAAUUCCAAAAAUUCGACCAACAAUUCGGGUCAUGAAAAAAAUGGUCCCGAAAGUUGUAAGCUCUUAAGGGUGCCUAGUACCCCGCCAACCACACCAACGACACCUACCACGCCAACCAGAGGCCUCGAAGAUGUUUUCAGGGAAUUACCCAUCACGGAUGACACCUCCUGUGGUAUAUGGUGUCUUCGUGGACCAACUCUACAGAGGUUUGCCAAUAAAAAGGCUUAUGUUUUCCUUUAUGGAAUUCUCGGUUGCAUAUUUUCGGCCAGUUACGCGUAUUUUAACGGCACGAUCACCACUAUCGAGAAGAGAUUUAAGAUACCCUCCAAAACUACCGGUCUCAUCACCGUAGGUAACGAUAUUUCCCAGCUGUUCAUUUCAGUGGUAUUGUCUUACUAUGCUGGAAGGGGUCACAGGCCACGAUGGAUCGCAUUCGGAAUUUAUACCGUUGUGCUUUUUUGCUGUUUAACGAUGUUGCCGCACUUUCUUUAUGGACCAGGCGAGGAUGCAUUAAUGUUGACCAAGGAAUACGGCGGAAAAAUUCAAAAUUUGCCCAACACUUCGACUAGCAGCUUGAUUCCCGACAAACAUCGGAAAUUUUUGUGUUUGGAUAAUACCCGUGGGCCAGAGUUCGAAGAUACCGAUAGUAAUUUCGCGCCUCAAGUAUUACUCUUUAUCGCUCAGUUAGUUUCGGGUGUCGGUGGAUCGCUUUAUUACACCUUAGGUGUCUCUUACAUGGAUGACAAUAUACAAAAAUCUAAAACUCCAGCGCUCAUAAGUUUUUCAUACUUUUUGAGGAUGUUGGGCCCAGCGAUAGGUUACGGUCUGGCAUCAUUUGCUUUGAAAUUUUACAUCAGUCCGACCUUGACACCGACCAUUACAACUCAGGAUCCAAGGUGGCUUGGCGCAUGGUGGUUAGGUUGGAUAAUCCUGGCCUUUUUACUCUUCCUCUUUGCAUGCGUGAUCGCUCUCUUCCCAAAAACUUUACCAAGAGCAGCAGCUCGCAAAGUUCUGGCCUUGGAACGGAAUAAAUCGGCUGCUAGUAUCAAGGCAAACGAUCAGGAACCUGAACUUCCUGCUUCCUUGUCAGAUAUGCUGAGAACGUUUAAACGUUUACUAACUAAUACGACUUUGAUGUGCAACAAUCUAGCUACGGUCUUUUAUUUUAUGGGUUACAUGCCGUAUUGGAUUUUCAUGCCGAAAUAUAUCGAAACUCAGUACAAACAGUCGGCAUCGGUUUCUUCGUUGAUCACCGGUACCGUUGGUCUCAUUUCCAGUGCUUUUGGAAUUCUACUAUCCGGUUUGAUAAUCUCCAAAUACAAGCCAAAAGCUAGGUAUCUAGCAGCAUGGAACGUAAUGGUUGGUGCCAUAUCCAUCAUGGGAAUUAUUUCCUACGCCUUUUUGGGGUGUUCAGCAAACGACGAUCAAAUGGCCAUUCAAUCGAACGGAGCACUGAAAACCCAAUUGCCUUGCAACGAGCUUUGCCAUUGUGACUACGUUACGUACAAUCCAGUCUGUUCUGAGCAUGGUCAAACAUUCAUUUCAGCCUGUCACGCUGGUUGUCGAAACAUGCAGCUGCACAAGGACGGUAGUAAAGUCUACACAGAUUGUGGUUGCGUUAAAUCGAAACAUUCUGGAGUUCUGGCACACUUUAUGGUACCGACAAAUUUUUCAAGCCUUACAACCGAGCUAUCCACGGAGAUUAUGGAACCCGAAUUGGUACCAACUUUAGGUACAGCGAUACCCGGAGCCUGUCCCGUCGAUUGCAUGAGUAAAUUUUAUAUCUUCCUCGCGGUUAUGUGUCUACUCAAGUUUAGCGGUGGUACAGGAAGAGCAUCGAACUUUCUUGUUUCUGUGAGAUGCGUCGACGAGAAAGACAAAACGGUAGCCAUGGGUUUUGGCUUGACUAUCAUGAGUUUAUUUGCCUUUAUACCAUCACCCAUUUUAUUUGGAUUCAUUUUAGACAAGACUUGUCUCGUGUGGGGUAAGACGUAUACAGGAACCGGAAAUUGUUGGCUCUACAAUGGCGAGGCUCUUAGAUACUUGUUGAACUUCACUGCAGCAAGUUUUGUGAUCAUUGGAACAUUGUUCGACGUUGGUGUCUGGUAUUACGUAAAAGACGUGAAAAUUUUCGACGAAGAGAUCGAGCUCGAGGAUAUUGCUGAGGAGCCCGGUGAAACGCUUUGAAGAACUCUAUGGUGUUUUUCUUCAAAGCGAGAUGCAAGUUUGAGACGAUUAAAGUUUCAAAAAAGGAGAAAGACUUGAAAAGGAAGAACAAGAAAAGAAAAUGAUAGGGGCCGACGAAUAAAGACUUUACAAGUACCUUAAGAAUCAUUUUAAAUAUUUAAAACUCGUGAUACCUAUAAGAUUGAACUCUUAUAUUGGUUUAUCUCAUCAAAAAGACUUUGUCGAAUAAGACCUGGUCUCCUUUCUAUUAA